AUGGAUGUUUCUGAUGAAGAAAUUCAUAGACUUUCACACUCCCAACUUCUCAAAUAUACUUUGUAUCUUCGAAAAGAUGUGCGAAAAAAUGGACAUUUGUAUUCUUUAGUGAGUUUCACAGGCAUUUGCGAAUUAGCUGUUAACAGAGUGGAAACCAGUAUGUUGUAGCUACUGAAAAUCUACUAGUUCCAUGAAAAAAAAAUUAAUUUUUUACAGAAAGGAAAGAAUGACAGAAACAAAAAAAUUCGGACACGUCGCCAAGAAACGAGAGAUUAUGGACAUGUUUAUGUAUGUUUAGCCAGGACUUUUCGUUUGAAUUCAUAUAUAAAAAUAUUUCAGCCUUAUUCGACAUCUUGGUUCGAUAUUCCUGAAGAAUUACGAGAAAUGGUAAUCGAUAAAAUUGAUCCCGAAACCGUUGCCCAAUUCAAACAAUGUUCAAAAUUGUGUGGCGAAGAAGCGAAAAGAUCAAAGAACUCAAUGUAUAAGAUCGAAGUAAAUUACACUGAAGAUGGAACACAUAUUUGUUUUUAUUUGACAAAUGAAAACCGGGAUUGUCCACAUUUUCGUUAUAGUUUCAGCGAAGACGAGGGAACUAUUUGUCACGAAAGAAUCAAUAUGGAAGGUUGGUCACAAAAUGGUUUCUCUUCUUUUAUGUACAAUAUUGAUGAAGAUGAGGAAGAGUAUACUGAACAUUCAUAUAUCAAUACAUUGAAAGAUGAAAAAUGGGAAAUUAAGGAAAAUGGAGAUAUGGAGAGUGCUGUUGCCAAAUAUUUGGAAAAGUUCCUCGAAGAAUAUCAAUAUUCUCUCAAAGCUUUGAAAAAUGAUGUAAGUUUGAAAAACGCCUUUUGGUAUUGAAUUUGAUCCUAUUGUAUUUUUCAGGCAAAGUUAGACAUGAAACAUUUGAAAAAUCUUCAACAUAUCGAAUUCGACAAUUGCGAUGUUUUGGAAAACGAUUUAAUGACAUUCGAUCAAAUCUUGAAAUGCAGAGAAACUGUCACGCUUCGAGAAACUAAAUUCUCUUUUGAUCAAAUUGUUCAACUCAAAGGAGAAGAUAUUAAUAUUGGAGGAAAAGAUUUGACAAAUGAACAAAUUAAAAUAUAUUUGAAAAUGUGGGAAAAUGGAGAAAUCGAUGAAAAUGUUAGAAGUAUUACGAUUGAUACAGAAAAAUUGAAGAUCUUAGACGACGAAUAUUACACAGAUGGAUUGUUGACAGUUAUUGAUGAUGAGGAACCAGCCAAAAAAAGAUAUCGGUAAUUUUCACAAUAUUUUUUUCAAAUGGAAAAUGUGGUAUUUCAUCUUACAUCUUACAGGAGCAAUACUUUCUCCUUCGAUAUGAAAGGUUCACGACAAGGUAAAAUCCAUGUUUGGUUGGCAGAUGGUAACAUGUCUAUUCGUUGGUUUUCUAGAUAAUUUAAAACAACUUGUUAAGUUCUAGAACAAGCUUGUUUUUGUUAAAAUGUUGUUUGUUUUUUUAUUGUUCACGAUUUUUCAAAUAAAUGUUUUUCUUAUCUCGUUUAUAAUUUUAUCAUUUUCAAAAUUCGUUCCACACGGUUUCUCAUAUUUGUUGUUUAAGAAUAAAUAAUUCUAGAAGUUUCUUGCACACGUUUGCCUGUAAUGUCUCGACCGUGAGUUUCAACCAUUCCCUCAUCUGAAAUCAUUUUUUUGUCGUUCAGAUUUUGCCCGAUUCGCCUGGUUCGUCAAGAAGGUGCAAUUAUUCAAGUAAGUCAGUGAGUGUUUUUUUUUUGUUGAAAACUCUUCAAAUAUUUAUAUCAUCGCUGAGUCACGAUAUAAUAUAAUUUAUCCAACAAAAUAAUAUUUUCAUCUUUCGCAACACUUUGUCUCCAAAAGAUAUUCCAGCCCACGCACGCACAAAAAUUGUCUUUUGUGUCCAAAAAAUCAGACUUUGUUAAAAUGUCGAAAAAUAUUAUUCCAGACAGGCGAUAUUCCGUGACUUCCCGACAAAAAAUACUCAUUUUGUUGAUUGUCCUUUUCCUAAUUCAAUUAUAUUCCGCCAAUAGUUGAAUAUGUUUCUGUCUGUCCUUUUUCAUAGCUGUCUGACUAUACAUUUUUGAAUUCAACAAAAAGUAGUUAUUUUUAGCUAGCUCCACCUACAUCAAAGAGAAAUUCGAGAUAACUUGUUGACAUUAAAAUUUGUGAAUUGUGGGUGUCAAACUUUUUUGGAAUUCUUUGUUCUAUCCAGAAAAAUUUCUGGUAUCAGAUGUGACGUAGAAACAGAAAUUUUGAGUUUCUAAUCUCCCGAUCUAACAUAUUUCUUUUUUUUUCGAAAAUGUAUUAUUUUGGAAUGGGAAAGAAAGUCUAGAUAAUUAUCGACAUGCUUCUUGAACUUUCUUCUGAGAAUUCGAGAGAAAAAUGUUGGAUUUUAUACGUUUCAAAAUUAUUACGAUUAUAAUAUAAAAUUCUGCUGGCUUCUGGAAUAAUUUGAGUUCAAAAGUGAGAAGUGAAAGAUCACUUUUGGACUCAAAAAAACUUGAAAUGACAUUUCGAAGAAGUGGUUUCCCAGAAAUAUGGAACUAUUUUCAUGAUGGUCACUUCGCAACCUUUUUUAAAUAAUAAAAUGUGUCCAGAAAUCUAAUCACCAGAGUAAAAUAAAACUAAGAGAGUUCAAAAUUGGCUUUCUGUGGAUCUCUAGAUGUUGGUCUCAAAUAAUUAGAUUCUUAAGGCGGGGCUCUGAUGAUUUUAGAAGUUUAGAAUUAAAAAUUUGGACUACAAUUUUCUUUUUUGGAAACCUCCGCGAAAAAUUUGUUUUCGCAGGACUCAAAAUGACUGAAAAAUUCUGAAAAUUUGAAGAAAAAAGGAAAACUUACCUGAGAAUCUCAAAAUAAAAUGAAAGUGAAAAAGUCUGAAUAUUUUCAUGAAAAAGUUCAUCUUGCUAAACAAAAAUAUUUCAUUUCUAUUUAAAUAUUCUUGUUCCGAACUACAGUACUCUUUUUAUAACUUCCGUAAAAGUUUGCACUUUUUCCAUGUUCUAUUUAUAUCUUUUAUAUUCAGCAACUGAAAAUGAAUAUAUCCCAUUUUUUUCCAUCUCCAUCAACAUCCAUUUUUUGCCGUCCCGUUUCUUUUUUCAUCCAUCCACCAAUCAAUUUGGCCAAGAGUAUCUAUCUAUCUUUCUAGAAAAAGUAUAUGCCUUUUUUUGUCUCUAGCCCCAACUUUUUUCUCUGUCACUCUCUAAUCUCUCAUUCCUCCUUUGAUGCGCGCGUCUCUUAUCGUCUCUCUUCUCUCUCCACACUCAAUACACUUCUUCUCCCCGUUUUUUUUGCGUUAGUUUUUUGUUUUGUUUUUUUUUGCUUUCUUUAUUCCUCUUUCCUUUUUCGUUGCGUUCGCUCGUUUUUUUUUUGGUUUUCAGCCAAACUUUUCAAACAAGGUCAUUUAUUUUUAAAUUAGAAAGAUUCUGAAUAAAAACAUUUCGCAUUAGAUUCAAAUAUCUCCAAAUAAUUAUCUUUUUUUCAUUUUGCGUCAAUGAGAUACAUUUUUUCCCACAAUUUUCUAUAAUAGCCUGUUUUUGGUCUUCUCUUUCCUUGAACUUUAUUCACCGUUUUUCCGAGAAAUACGAAAUUUUAUCUAGAACUUUGGAACUUGCUGAUAACUUUUUGUAGUCUGAAUUUUUGAUGACUUUAAAUUUUUGCGGGAGAAAAAAUGAACUAGGUUUUUUGAAAACGGUUUUGAACCAGGAAAUUGUGCCGGAAAUCAUCCGGUUUUACUUUAAAAUUUUUUAAAUAAUAAUAAUAUCUUUAACAGUUUUCAGGAUUUUUUCUGAAAUUCAAAAUUUUGAGACCUCACAAAAUUUCAUUUUUCACGAGUUUCAUCUUUCACAGAUCUGAAUUGAACGUUUUUCUCUUGAAAAAGUGUGGUUUAUUUUGGAAAAAGUCAUGUGUUCUGUUGAAAAAUCAGAUGAUUUUUAGUCAAGAGAUUUUCAGCGAAUUUUUUUGGGAAUUUUUAUUUUUCAGUAUGGUUUUCAAUUCUUCAUUUGAGUAUAAAAAUAUUUAAAACAAAAAAUUAUAGUUAGAACUUUAAGAAUAUUUUGGUAUGAAAUUAACAACGAUUUCUGAAUUCCAAUUAAGAUUGUUGAAGUGGAAAUUAAUUUGAAUAAGAUAAUUUUCAGACUAAAAAAUUCUCCCAUGAUUUCAAAAAUUUUCUAGUAUUAUUCAAAUCACAAGAUUUCAAAUGUUAAAAAUUCCAGCAUAAUCCGAUUUUCAAAUUCUGAAUUUUUAAAAUGUUAUCUUUCAAAAUCUAAAUAGCCUACAUACAGUAUCCCCAGUUAUUUAUUUAUUUAUGUUCGAAAAAACAGUGAACUUUGGCACAAAAAGUAAUCCGCAGAUUAAUUCUCAUUCAUUCAUUUUUUUUAUUCCAAAAAUAAUUUCAUCCAUAUAUAUUUUCUCUUUUUUUGUCUGCCUUUUUUGAACAAAAAAUGCUUGGUUUUUCAAAAAAAGAAGAGUUUAUUGUUUACUAUCACGUGAAACUUUUUUGUUCUUUCCUGAUAACAAGGCAACAAAUAAUUGAUUGAUGUUCGUUUCUGAACUUUUUCCUUUUCCCAAAAAAUGUUCAAUUUCUAUUCCUAUUUAUUUAUGUAAACAAAACACUGUGCUUCGCUUAUCUUUUCUUGUUUUUUUUUUUGCGAGAACAAAAACUUUGAUAGAAGAUAGAAAAUAAAAAUGGAAAAAAAAUUGUUUUUUCAGGUGUCACACACACCUCAACACACAAAACAAGAAGAAAAAUUCAAUCGAUAAUAUAAUAUCGAUGAAUUUUUGA